ACUUUCCAUCUCUUUUGCUUUUCUCUCCUCAAUAACGUGUUCUCAUUACUUCAGUCUUUUUAAUCAUCUGCUUGCUCAGAAAUACAGCGGAAUACCAGAAUACAGCACAGUGCAUUCCCUAACUGCUAUCUGGAAGGACGUGAUAUUGAAAUUUUUGUUCUCUCUUUCACUUACUGGGGGUGUGGCAUAUGCUCUAGUGUUGAAAUCAGAGGCUUGAGAUUUGCGAAAGACAAUAUCUGCCAACAGCAGACAAUUUUUACCAACAGCAAAAACCGAAGUUCUGGGGAAAAUGCAGACGCAUUCGGAACAAAAUCAAGAAGUUACCACACCGCUUUAUUUAAACGGAAGUACACCAAGCAAAUCAACAGAUGCAAGCUUGUGCGACAGCCUACAGUGUUACAUGGUCCUGAACAUAACAGAGAAGGCAGCUAUUAGCUCAAUAUGCUUCAUAGCCGGCCCUGUGACAUUCCUGGAAAACAUUUUGGUCCUUUUGGUCAUUGCAAGCUCCACUACUCUGCGCAGACGGCCAUCAUAUCUGUUCAUCAGCAGCUUGGCACUGGCCGACACCUUUGCCAGCUGUUUCUUCACCUUCGCUUUUCUAGAUUUCCAUGUUUAUAAUCAGAGGGACGGCCCUAAUAUCUAUCUGUUCAAGCUGGGUGGCGUCACAAUGGCUUUCACGGGCUCUGUGGGAAGCCUGCUGCUGACAGCGCUGGACCGUUAUCUCUGCAUCUACAAGCCUUCCAAUUACAAGGUGCUACUCACACGCACUAGAGCCAAGCUGGCUAUUGUAUUAUUAUGGUGUGUAACGAUUUUAAUUUCAUUUCUUCCUCUGAUGGGUUGGAGGUGCAAAACCAAGUUUGAUCCUCCAUGCUCUCGUCUCUACCCUUAUGUGGAUCGUCACUACAUGGCCUUCUGGACGGGCUUCCAACUUGUGGUGCUAUUCACUAUCAUAGUGGCUUAUGUUCUCAUCCUGUGGAAAGCAAAUCGUCAUGAAACCGCUAUGGGUGGACCUAAGUCCGGGAGGCAGAGCGUGAAAGGACAGGCUCGAAUGCGAAUGGACAUUCAGCUUGCACGUACCUUCAGUCUGAUUCUCCUUAUCCUUGCUGUUUGUUGGCUGCCGGUCCUGUGCUUUAUGAUGGUGGAUGUCACAGUGACCCUUACAAAAAAACAACAACGAAUGUUCGCUUUCUGUUGCACACUUUGCCUGGUCAACUCAUGCGUAAACCCGCUUCUAUACGCCCUACGCUGCAAAGAACUGAGGGCAGAACUGUUUGCAUUGUUAGCAUGUCGCAAGGCAUGCAGGCAACCUAUGUUGGGAAACACUAGUGGCCAAAGAAAGCAAAAUGGUUCUGGGAUUAGCAAGAAGGUUAAAGAUCAGGCUGUUAGUGAUAGUAAUCCAGAUACUAUUUCUGAAAGCGUAGACAAGCAGUAAAAGAUCACAUAAAUAUGAUUUAAAGUCCUUUUGUAUUAAUCAUUUUCCAACUUUUAAUACAUUUGAUAUAUUUAACAAAUGUAGUACUGCAGGAUUAUAAUUUAGGUUAGCACACAUUGUAUUAAAUAUUAUAGAUGUAUAUACUUUUUGUACAUUUCAAAAUUCCAGAAAACAUUGUUUUGGGAUAUAAAAAUGCAGGAUAUCAAAUAAAUAGCAGUGAAAUAAUCAAAUGAAGAAUGUUUGUAUACUAACAAAGAACUUAAGAAUUUUGAUGUGUGUGUCAGAACUAUG